GUCCCCGCAGUACGGCACAGCCGAGCCUCUCGCGUCCUUUCUCCUCCGGAGCUUGCAAGCUCUCUUUCUCUCCAUCUCUCUCUCCCUCGAGCUGUCACUUUUUGGCACUUUUGGGUUUUUUUUCUUUUUCUUUUUUUUUUUUCUGCUUUCCCCUCCUCGGUUUCGUUCGUUCAUCCGUAUACAAACGAGCACGUGCUUACAGUCGUCACCUGCAGGGGACGAAGGACGGGAUCGCUCAUCUCUGGGCUUUGAUUUUUGUGCUCGCAGACGGAGCCAAGGAGGCUCGAGUGGAAAGAUCGGCUGGAGCUGCACGUGAACGCAAAUUCAGGCUUCAACGACGAGUGAUGCGGGUGAGACGCGCGGUAGGCCGAGAGUCGAGGACCAGGUGACUCUGGCCCCGAGUCCCUCCUGCGGAGCAUCAUCGUCACCUUUGCCAAACCAACCAUCAACGGGCACAGCAGCACCGGAGACGAGCGUUCUGGCGUCCGGGGACAAUGGCCGUGCCGUGCGUAGCGAGCACCUCGGGGGAGCUCCGGGGGAAGCGGCCGCGACGACGAUUGCAGCGACGGCGAAAACGUCGGCGGCGGAAAUCCUGCCCAAGGGGGCCGAGCCUCGUCAAUUGAAAACGAGAAAGGACCACGACGACUGUGAUAAACCAUCGGGGCUCGGAGGUACGGCUGGUGGUGGUGGUGCUCUGAUGCUGUGGAGCGACAUGCCCCCGCACCUGCAGUUCAAUCCGCACAUCAUAUCGGGCUACAGGCCCCUCAUGAGCCCGGCCGAGUGCGUCGCCAGUAUAUUCCACCUGCACAAUGAGACUGUUAAUAUUUUGACCCACGGAUUUGCCAUUGUUUAUAUACUAGUGACAGUGCCGUUUUUACUUCCGUGGGGUUCGCGGGGCGCCCUCCCGGGCUUUUUGUCCUGGUGCCACCUAGUCGGCGCCGUGAGCCCGUGGAUCGGCUCCUUUCUCUAUCACGUCUUCAUGAAUCUCGAGCACGGCGAGGGCAUAUACCGAUCCCUCCUCCAGAUCGACAUGCUCGGCAUUUGGAUUUGUCAGAGCUUUGGAGCAAUGCCACUGAUAGCAGCGUCGGUACACUGUUUGCCAGACAUACUUUGGCACUUGUGCAUUAGUACUUAUUGUUUUCUUAGCAUUUGGGGCCUUUUUAAAGCGAUGAACGCUUCGUCACCAUGGGAGAGGCGAUUGUGCUUCUCGCCUCUCUUCAUGAUGCGCAUGCUGGUCGUCGCGUGUAGAUCAUUCGGACUUGGCGGCGGCAAUCCCGAAGCUUUCCUACACGUAGUGCUUCAGGACCUAGUAGCCGUGAUCGGUGGUACGAUCGGCGCGAUGAGAGUGCCCGAAAAGUGGAUGCCAGGCAGGCUGGACCUGCUCUUCAAUUCGCACAACAUAAUGCACGUGAUGGUCGUCCUGGCGGUCUGCUCGAUGCGCUCGGCCACCCUACAGGACCUCGCUUGGAUGAGCCAACCUGGUGUGUGCAGUUCCACCGGUUCAGCGUCGUUAUCCACCGCAGCAACUGUGCAACAUCACGAGGAUCUCUGAACGAAACGCGUUUACAUCAUUUUACUGCAGCUGCCUUUCUAAAAAAAAUAUUUAAGUAUACCUAUAUACUUACACAUACGUACACAUCGUUUGUUAUAUAAUACCGAUCGAUGCCGAAACAAUUGUCAUAGUUAUAAUAUACGGUAAGCGGAAAAUCAUUGAAACGAGAGUAGGAAUUAAGUGAGGAUGUGUACGUGUAUAUUAUAUAUAUAUAUAUAUAUAGGUACGUGUAAAAAUAAUAAUAAUAAUAAUAAUAUAUCAUGACAUGUGACCGGUAUGGAAUUCAAAUAAGAGAGUUUCCGUUUUAUUAGCGACAAGACAAUAUUGUAUUGUAUAUUGUACACAAGUGUAUACUUAUAUAAGGGUUGAAACUAAUACCAAAACUAACUCACGAGUAUUAAAUAGAUAUAAAUAAGUAAACAAGCUUUGAUUCUGUUGGGAGCUGUACCUAUACAUGCACAUAAUAAUAUGUAUACAGCAAGUAAAACGAUCCUUCUUCUGAUACCGAUUUUUUCCUCCUUGUAUAACUGUAUGUAUUAUACAUACAUACGUAUUAAAUGAUUUCGCUGCAUAAUUUAAUGAUCCGCGCGUUUAUCCAGUUUAUUUAUUUAACAUUAUAUAUAUAUAUAUAAACAUGCACCCUCCGACCUCUUUGGUUACAAAUACACGUAUUUAUCAAACACCUAUACACUUCGUUAGUAAUUGCGACAAAAAAAAGUAAAAAGCUCAUUUCUCUCCUCAGCGGAUCUUGAUGAUGAUGGUGAUGAUAUAUUAUUUAGAUACAUAAAAAUUGUUAAAUAUUAUAUUACUUACUACACACAGAUUUAAAUAUAUAUUCCCAGAGAGUCUUGUAUUGAGACGUUAAUGAUAUGAAAGGAUAAUAUAUAUAUAUAGUAUGCAUUACAGAAACACGUGAUUCAGAGGAAUGGCUUUUAUGUGAUAAAUUUACAACUAUGAAAGAGAGAGAGAGAGAGAGAGAGAAGAAAAAGUGAAAGCUGAGAAAGUAAGUAUGCGAAUAGACAUAUUUACUUGUUCUCGACUUUGUCGUUGUCGUUGACUUUUUCGAUAUUGCAAUUAUUAAUGAUACUUAUACUGUACUCUCAGCGACUCUCAGUCAUGAAAUGGGGAAUGGCAACUUCUCUACAUACAUAGGAUACAUGUAUAUAAAUACAAAUACAUUUUCCAUCCACUAAUCGACCGUGGUGUGGAAUGUUUAGACUGAUUAGAAAAAAAAAUUUAUUGAACGAUAAAGUUUACGGUUGCACAUAGUUAGUCAUUUUUUUUUUCGUUCUCCAAAAAAAUACAACACCAAACAGCACGAAAAUUGUUAAAACUUUUUUUUUCCAUCGAUUAAAAUGGCCUUGACGCGCGUAGAAUAUGUAUACGUACAUUUGUAUAUUAAUGUCAUCGCGCAAGUAUUUUUACAAAAUGGAAAAUUUCAUAUCUCCCAUGCCGAAGUUGCCAUUUGUGUAUAUUCCCUGAUGUAUUUUUAUGUACACCUAUAUAAUUUUAGCCCCCCCCUUUUUUUUUUUUUUUUUGGGGAUGCAUAAUCAAGAGUAUAUUGUUAUCCAUCCGCUACAAUAAAAAUAGGUAAAUGCUUAGGCGACAAUAGGAUACAAAUCAUAUUUUUAGGUUUUCAAUGCUUCUUCUUUUCAAGGCCAUUGGGACAAUUGUUUAUCAAUUUAGCGUCAUUAGUUCUAAGUUUCGGUCGAUGAAUAUAUUCUAAAAGAAUAGUUGUAAUUUUUAGAUACGUAAAAAUGCACUUAUGCAUUAAAAAAAAAAAAAUACAUAAAUAAAGCAAUGACUAAUAACAAAUAUUAACAUAAUAAAUUUAAUGAAGCAAUUUAUCGAAAGAUCCUUUUCUUUCAUUAUAGUCAUUUUACUGUUGUUUGGGAGUCAAAAGUUUUAUCUAUAUGGGCAAUUAUCGAAAACUUGUGUAACGUUUUAUUUAGUUAUAUUAAUGAUAAAAAAAAAAAAAACAAACAAACAAAAAAAA